AUGUCAAGGCCUCCAUCUGCAUCUGAGAAUACCCCCUCGACUCCUCCGGUGACACCUGCUGCCUCUGCCCAACAUGAUUGCUCUGGACGCCCGGGCUCUCUUCGCGGCAAACAGCGGCGUCAGGACCACCUCGCCCAUCUGGAUCCAAAACAAGCACCCUCCCCAUCCCGCGCUGAAUCCCCCACGGCUCGCGAGUGGGCUAACCCGCCGCACACCUCAAGUCUAAAAAGGGUUACAACCGCUCCCCCGGAGAAUCGCGCAGGUCUUUACUAUACUGGUUACAACAGCCCCCAGUUAUCUGAGAGGGACAGCAUCUUCGCAACACAUUACCUUCCUUCCGAUAACGAAGCCUCCAAUUCACCGCAACUCCCCGCCGUCGAAGUUGCCCGUCAUGACGCUCCGGCAAAGCUGAUCACUUCAUUUGAAAAUGCAUCGUCCUCAUCGUUUACCCCCAAGGUCCUCUCCUACAACCGUCGCGUCGACGACGCCCACAUGGAAGUUGACGUACACAGAACCAAUCCGUUACGCUCCGCCCCGCUCCUUCCUUCUCAUUCUCCUUUCUCCUUGACCCCGGAAGAUUCAGCCUUGACAUUAGACGACGAGCUUGAUAUCUCAAGUGGGGGAGAACAGCGUCACGGCUGGGGGGAUUUCCCGCUAUAUCGUCAGUCAUCUUUUCAUGGUGUAGGUGCGGGUGCUGUUGCACCGCAGGCGUCCCGUCGUGUCCUUUACCCAUCAGCUCCGAUCGACGAUUCUUUGGGACAGCAAUUGAUGGUCACCUCUUCCGAUCACAAACUCACAGGUGCCGGUCCAGGGGCUAGCUCCCACCACACACAAGGACAACCCUCGUGGGAUACAACGCAGGAUCCCAAACUUGAACGAAGCUCUAGCCGCAGUCGUCGAGCAAGAGUCGAAAGCUCGAUCGAGGCCAACAUCGCUAAUGCAGAGCCUGGAACCCAUGUCCGCAGUCGUAAGUCAAGUCAUUAUCUGGGCUUGUUCAAGGAGAACACCGCUACGUCCCCAGAUCGCAAACGGCGAGAUGACCGUGCUGGACGGCACGACGAUGCGAUUGACUCAAAUGACAAGGAGCAACAACGGAUAUAUGCGGACGUUCGGCAUUCCCGCGCCGACCACCACGAAUUAACGAUUCCUGAGCAAUCGGAAGUCCAAGUUACACAGAGCCUGUCGCAGCUUUCACUUGCUAAUGCCCCACUGAUCAAACCAACCAAAGGUGACGAGCCCCACGACAAUUAUACGGCUGAAGAGGUUACUUCUCAGUUUAAGUUUAAAACGUUACCUCGAAACCUCCUUGAGGAGAUUCGGAAUUUCCACCUUACUCCUGGUGGCGGGCGUGAGAACUCGUUCUCGGGAAGUAUCCCUACUCAGUAUUCAGAAAAGGCCAGAGGCCUUUUGCAUCCCCCGUCUCCCCUGUCAGAUACAGACCAGGAACAACGUGUUGGUUCAACUCCGCUCGGCGAGGAGGAAGAUGAACAAAUAUCCUCUGCAGUUUACUUUCCACAUGAGCGUGUGACAGUUUCCGACGAGGUCGAUACAGUACAGUCGUUUGAGGAGAGUCCACAUGGUUUGCAGCCAUAUGAAGAAUCGACGGCGGAGAGUAGCCACGGUCUAUUGCCAGAGAGACAUACUGCUCUCGAUGAGCCUGAAACUAAUCAUGUGGAUAUUACUCUUCGAUCUAAAAAUGACAGUAGAAUCCUGCACGGCGAUCUUCAGGACAGGAAGACUCCAAUAGAAGAGCUAAAUGAGAAGUCUAUUGAUUCCAUGAUCCAGCGCCACAAUGAGUAUGCAACUGAAGAUUCCGAACCACUCUCUGCAGAUGACAGCGGGAUAUCUGCUCGGGAUGAGGAGUCUAGCGUGACUGAUGAGGCUGAGAUUACACCCACGGCAACCCCCACGCAACGCUCGCAUAUCCCUCGUCCCCGACACACAAAAAGUGAAGUAACGCCGGUCGGUGCCGUUGAGUUGAAACCAUAUCGGCAUCAGGUAGGCGGGCAUACAACGGUAUUUCGCUUCUCCAGGCGCGCUGUAUGUAAGCAGCUCAACAACAGGGAGAACGAAUUCUAUGAGCGCAUCGAGCGCAGGCAUCCCGAGAUGUUAAUGUUCCUCCCCAGGUAUAUCGGAGUUCUCAACGUGACGUUCUCGAAAAAGCGACCCAAGAGGUCUUCAGAGAACCAAAUAGGACAAUCUGAUGUUGAGCAUGCUGCAGACGAUCCGCACAGGAAGAGUGAACAAAUCUCGGGAAGCUCUUCACGUCAAGUCUCAGAGCCUAUGGAAAAAGAGCGCAUUUUUAGCCAAAGUCAGGUUACUGGGAUAGUUCCCAAGGUCAUACUAGAGAAUAACCGCCAUAUAUUCCCUGUUGAUCUAUUUUACGGCCAUAAAAGGCCUCGCACGGCCGACGCUGCUGUGCCUGGCAUGCAACCAUAUCCGCAUGACCCUGGAAUAGUCGCAAACGGACAAAAUUAUCAAGACAGCCCUUUGGAUGAGAGACUUUCUCCUCCACCGCCGGUGAAAAAGACCUGGGGCGCCACAACUGUCAACCAAAAACUCCAAGAGCAGGUUCUCCGAGAAGUGUUUAGCCCCCCAGCAAUCCACCAUCACCGACGCCAUGCUCGGGGGCUUCUCAACCUACCGAGAACAAGCUCAGAUGGCCACCGCCGAGGCAGCAACCUUUCGGAGAGUCUAACCUCUAGUCAACCCCGCAGUGCGGAACGAAUAGGAGCACUCCGAUCACCAGCGAUUGACAUUGUGAAGAAAAACGGCGAUGGUCGAGGACUCUCAUCAUCUGCUUCCACAGCGCUUGAGGCCAGUCAAAAGCGUCUUGAUCCAGUAAAGUUAAAUGAAGAGGUGCCGCAACGCUCUAGCUCGGUAUCACGUUCUCGAACAGUUCGGCGCCGUCACUCAGGAAGUGGCCUACAACGGCGUGGAACGAUGGAUUCCGAUAAGGGUGGGGGCGGCGAGCUUCUCUUUUUCGAAGACGAGGGAUAUGGCGGAGAUAAAGAAGAUGAGAUCUUUUCGAUGGAAAGUGAUGCGCCGGUAUCUUCGACGGGAUCUGAUGAAACAUUGCUGUCAAGCUCGAGUCCGACCAAAACGAACAAUGUGGUUGCUCAAAAUAGAUUUAAUUCUGACCCUCAUAUCCUCGACCCUUCUAAAAAGUUCGUCUUCCCCGAUUUUGGAGAUGAUACAAGUACACAACCCCCAGCAAACCCAAAGGAGGCACAAACGAAAAAAGAUGACCGAGUGCAAUUUUUCCUGCUCCUGGAAGAUUUGACUGCAGGGAUGAACAAGCCUUGUGUGCUGGAUCUCAAGAUGGGCACUCGCCAGUAUGGUGUGGAAGCCAAUGACAAGAAAAAGAAAUCCCAAAGACGCAAGUGUCAGAGUACAACCUCCCAGCAACUGGGUGUUCGACUAUGUGGCAUGCAAACCUGGAAUGUGAAGAAACAAGAGUACACCUUUGAGGACAAAUACUUCGGUCGUGACCUGAAAUCGGGACGAGAAUUCCAGGACGCUCUAACUCGUUUUCUUUACGAUGGGAUUAGCUACCUAAGUGUCGCCAAGAAAAUUCCAGUUAUUCUCGACAAGCUGGCAAAGCUAGAGAACAUGAUCCGGAGACUCAAGCGUUAUCGUCUCUAUGCGAGCAGCCUCUUGAUUCUCUAUGACGGCGAGCAGAACCCCUCACCGAAGACCCAUCAAGUGGAGGGUGGUUCGAAUAAGAAUAUACGGAGCCAACUGCAACGUCGACAAUCUGAUGAUGGGCAUAAUAAUUUUGACGUUAAACUAAAGGUCGUUGAUUUUGCGAAUUGUAUCACGGGCGAGGAUGAACUUGCUCCGGAUGUGCCAUGCCCCCCUCAGCACCCCGACGAUAUUGACCGUGGAUAUCUUCGUGGGCUUCGUACUCUGAGGAUGUAUUUCCAACGGAUUAUGAUGGAAGUCAACCAAGAUGAAUAUAUCGAGAGAGGCGAAGGUGAAGGCAUUGCCCUUAACCCUCAUCCAUCCAACGAACACCACAUGUCCGAGCGCUAUUGGGAUGAAAAUGUCAUGGAUCAAGAUCCCGGAGAAGUCAGUUUUUAG